AUGGAUUCUACGCCUCCUUCCCUCCGUUCGAACCCUAGAUCCGUGUCGCGUCUCGCUCGAGCCAACAACACUCUCGUCAAAUCUCACAUUCCAUCUCUCGAUUUGGUUCUAUCCUCUCCGAAGAACAAGAACAAGAACAAGAACGAUACUCCUUACCCAUCACCUGUUUCCCUCAAUUCCCCGUCUUCUCCUGUUACCCUUCGCGAAAUCCUCCUCUUGUCUCCUUCCCCUCUCCGUAAAUCCAGAACCCGUCUAACCAAUCGCUUCGAAACGGAAGCUGCCGAGGCGGCAAGACGGUGCAGGGCGAAGGGAGGGCAAAAUGGUCUUUUGGCCUCUGCCUCGCCCAGGAACCGCCGGAGAUCAAGACGAAGGUCGGAGAUGGUGGUGGAAACGAAGGAAGGUAACGAUCAAACCCCAAAACCGACAAAACAAAAGAAGAGUGGUCGUUCUAACAAGGAGAAGCAUUGUUCGGCUCCUUCUUGUCCACCUUCAGAUCUAAACCAUGAAGAUGUUUGUCAAGGUGAUUUGGAGAAGAUCAGAGAGAAUAUCAGUGAUUUGAUCAUGUGGAGAGAUGUUGCGAAAUCUACUCUCUGGUUCGGUUUCGGAUCAAUCUCAUAUCUUGGACUUUUGUUUCUUGGGGUUUCGUUCUUAUCAAACACUCUUCGCCAAAGGGUAACGGAAGAAGCAACUCGGAGAGAGCUUAAACUGAGUGAAGAGGAUGUAUUACGAAUAGCGAGACGGAUACUUCCCAUCACCAACUUAGCGAUUUCAAAGACGAGGGAGCUUUUCUCUGGGGAACCAGCAAUGACACUAAAAGUGGCACCCUUUGUAAUAAUUGGAGCUGAGUAUGGUUACCUCAUAACAUUGUGGAGGUUAUGUGCAUUUGGUUUCUUCAUCAGCUUCACCGUUCCAAAGCUAUAUUCAUGUUAUGCGAGUCAGAUUAACCGAAAAGUGGAAAGUGCACAAAAGAGAAUAGUUGAAGCAUGGGGAAUUUGCACACACAAGAAGAUCGUUGCAGGCUCUAUAGUUACUGCAUUCUGGAACCUGACUAGUCUCAAGACCCGUUUUUUCACAGUGUUUAUCAUUGUGGUCGUAAUCAGAUACAGAAGGCAGAAUCUACAGUUAGAUUCCGAGGAAGAAGAGGAGAAACAGCAAGAACAAACUCUCCCGGAGCAACAAGAAUCACCGGAGGCAAAGUCGCCGGCGCCGUCAAUGGAAGAAGAGCAAGCGAUUGCGGUGGUUGCAGAGUCUGAAUGA